ACCGACACACUGCUAAAACAAGGGGACAGGCUGGGUUUUUUUCUAGUGUUGUGCAAUACGCGAAAUCAUUCAUACGAACAAGUUACCUCCCUUAGAUGGUUGUUGAUGACAACAAACAUGGCGUUGAAACUUGUGGACUGCACGAAAGGCGAGGACAGAGUGACGUUUUCUGAUUCAUUACCAGAAGAUAUUGCAUAUGCUAAAACAUUUUGGCAAUCUUUGCAACUUUUACCACCAAUGGAGUCCAGAUUAGUGUCGAGCGACAUCAAACAACGUUUGAAGAAGGCACCUUCUGCGUAUCAAGGAGUAAGCCGAGGACACAGGGCACACAUGCAACCAAUAGUCGUACAAGACUUUCUCUCCCGAGCACGAACGAUGGAGACCAUGGAAGAGUACGAGCGCUUGAGGCGCCUGGCUUCUGCACGGGAUGAAGACCGGGAGACACUCAGUCGCAGGAGGACAGAGAGGAUGAAGAAAGAGGAAAUCUCCCGGAACCACGUGUCUUCUCAGUCGCGGAGGCGAGAACAGACAGUAUUCAAGAUGAGUGAUGAUGAAGAGCAGGAGGAGGAUGUGGGCAAACUGAUGCAGGAUCUUGACGAUUUUGACAAGAGCAAAGGCCAUGCCUCUGACUCUGACUGAAACAAACCCUGUCAUUGUCAUGGCAACAGUUCACUGAUAAACAAUAACAUAUUCUAAGAUUCAUGUAAAAUCUUGCUAGACAAUAUGGUUUAUUUGAGUCUAUAGUUGAUCAUUUUACUAAUAUAUCAUUUUAUUGUCAAACAAUUAUCAUAAAGACUUUAGUAUGACCAUUUUCAAUUACCAGUAUGAGUCAUGUUAUGAUUCAAAUUAUUGUUUAAUAUUGUAAACAACUGACAGAUGACUCAUAGUUUACAAGGGGUAAGUUUUUGCAAUACAACAUGUAUUGUGUGAUACAAAAUGUCAUCCAUAUACCUUUGCUCUCAAAAUGUGUUAUCGUCAUAAUAUGGCUGAAAUAUUGCUGAUGUGUCGUUAAACUUAACUCACUCACUCAAAAUGUGUUGAGAAGUUAUGUCUAUUUUGUAAGUGAGGGGAGUUCUGGUACAGUGCCUUUAUUGUAUAUGUAAACAUACGUUGUGAGCACUCUGAGCUACCUAUGAUCCCUAAUGGGUUUUAUCCACUGUGGAGUCAAGUCGGUUGUUCUGACACCCUAGUCUAGAAAGAGGCUUCGCCAUUGUUAACACCCAUUUAUUUGAAAUGGACAUGUUGGUUUUUAUUUCAUUUUAACAGAGUUCAGCUGGUGUUGACUCUAACAUUACUAUUGGUACUUUGAUUUACCAAAUAUUUGUUCCCAGUAUUAGUUGAAAAAAAUGCUAUGUUCAUAACAUUUAGAUGUAAGUAUUGGAUGAUGAUGUUGCUGCAAUGGUCCAUGAAAGGGACCUGUAGAAGAUAUUUAUUUAUCAUGUACAUUGAUAUCAAUAAUUUGAUAUUCAUAUAAUAUGUAUAUAUGAUGUAGAUCAAACUUUGAUCCCACAACAGUUUGUUUUGUUUGGAUGUGUUCCUCAUAGUGUGAAAGACUGACAGAAUGUUUAAUAAAAAAAAUGAAACAAA